AUGAGUAGACUAACAAAGUGCAUUGUAAAAUCCACCGUCUUGGCAAAGCUCGUCAAACUGCGUCUCUCUCAGCAUAUUCUACAUGACGGUGUAGAUAACUCCAAAAGGAGCCUAGAGGUCGCUGUUAGAGCUGCAAGUUUGCUCUCAAGGAUUGUUCCUGUACUAAAAAUCGCACAAUCACUUGCAAAUAAACCAGUCUUGUCAUCGACAGGUACAAGCGUAAAUAGUAAACUGGGUACCACGAGAUUCCACAACAGAGAGGAAAACGUCUGGAGACUAUUAAAGCCAGGAUUCGAAAAGGAAACCAAACAUCUCAAGUGGAGAAAAUAA